GGACUGUUUGGAUUGAGGGAAAAACACAGAUUUUCAGAGAAUAGGAGAGGGAAAAAUCCAGGGAAAACGCAAAUUCGAUAACAAAUUUUCUACUGCAGUUUAUCAGGUCCUCGCCAUCGAAAUUAGUUGUUUCUUCUACUUACGAACCGGAUGCUUGGUUUUAGAUAUUCAUUGCCACUUAUUAUUAAAGGAUUCGAUUCGAUUAAUAUUUCCCGGGAGACAAGCAAUGUUGUGGUAUGUGCUGCAAAAGGUCCACGACCAAGAUAUCCUCGGGUAUGGAAAUCAAGGAGGAGAAUCGGAACUAUCUCUAAGUCGGUGAAGCUUGUUAAUUGUAUUAAAGGAUUAUCCAAUGUCAAAGAGGAGGUCUAUGGUUCUCUUGAUUCCAUUAUUGCUUGGGAAUUAGAGUUCCCUCUAAUUACAGUCAAGAAAGCAUUGAAGAUCCUUGAGGAUGAAAAAGAAUGGAAGAGAAUAAUUCAGGUGAUAAAGUGGAUGUUAAGCAAAGGUCAAGGUAGGACAAUGGGAACCUACUUCACUUUAUUGAAUGCUUUAGCAGAGGAUGACAGGCUUGAUGAAGCUGAGGAGCUGUGGAUGAAAAUAUUUUCAGACAAUUUAGAAAGUACUCCACGUAUUUUCUUUGAUAAAAUGAUUUCGAUUUACUAUCAGAGGGAAAUGCAUGAUAAGAUGUUUGAGAUAUUUGCUGACAUGGAGGAGCUUGGCGUCAAACCAGGUGUUUCAGUAGUUAAAAUGGUUGGAAAUGUCUUUCAAAAGUUGGGUAUGCUGGACAAGUAUGACAAAUUAAACAAGAAAUAUCCACCACCAAAAUGGGAGUAUCGAUAUAUCAAAGGACAGCGUGUUAGAAUUCAAGCAAAGCAUCUAAACAACAUUGAUAAUGCUACAAAAGGUGUCAGGAAGGAUGAGGAAACUAUGAAGGAUUCAGAUGAACUGGAUGAGGCAGCUGAAGCAAGUCCAAAUUAAGCAGAUGCUGAAGCUAUUGUUUUACUUGAUCGGUCCAAAUCUCAGCCAUUGGCCUUGGUGGUUAGAUGCAUUUCUGUUUGCUAUUAGGGUGAGAAAUGAAAGUUUGCAAGGAGAAGAGGCAAGAUUCUUGUUAUGGGAUUUCAACAUUCACACUCUUUUUCCCUGCCGUUUAACAUUAAUGCUAGCAACAGCAUAGGGGGCCUAGACCAGCAGCAAUUGCGGGCAUCUGAUGAAGUAUUUGUUAAGCUUACAGUUGGAUACGUCUUAUUUUAGUGCAAACUAAGAAAGCACAUGGUGAUUACGACUUUGAAUUUCAGGGUUGCCAGGGCUGAAGUGAUUGCGGUCAUCUUGUUAGUUGUUAUAGUGUCAGCACCUCCGGUACAUCUAAUUAGAUUAAACUGUGAAGCCCGCU